AGUACAGGCAGCCUGCUAGAUUUGAGUCUCUCCUGUCUCCCUGGAUCUUCUUAGGGAAAUGACCCAUUUACAGAAGGAAGUGACAGCCAUUGAGACCAAGCUUGAACAGAAGCGCAGUGACCGCCACAACCUGCUACAGGCCUGCAAGAUGCAGGACAUCAAGUUGCCACUGUCUAAAGGCACCAUGGAUGAUAUUAGUCAGGAAGAGGGUAGCUCCCAGGGGGAGGAUUCAGUGAGUGGCUCCCAACGAACCUCCAAUAUCUACGCACGAGAGGCCCUCAUCGAGAUUGACUAUGGUGACCUGUGUGAGGAUCUGAAGGUAAGAUCUUCCCAGCUGUCCAUCAAGGGUCAGCCCAUCUAGGGGUCCUGUGGAGUUAGACCAUGGCUGGAAAGAGGGGCGAACUGGCAAGGGAGGGUGGGUGGAAUUGUGCUCCAGGGUCUCCCCCCAUGUGCACACACAGGCACAGGCACGUCUUUCACCCCCACCCCCAGUUGUCCCUGUCCCUGCCUGCUGCCGGCCUUCCCCUUCCACUUGUAUACGCUCUCAGCCCAGAUACACGGAGAAAGGGCUCCUGUACAGUGAACAGCUAGACCUCGAGUGUUCCUUAGGGCUCUGUCCCGGGUGGCAUGCUUUCCUUCUCACGUGGCAUUCUCUCAUCCUGAGUGUCUCUUCCACUCCCCUGUCUUCAGCUGCCAUCUCUGUGCUAUUCUGGCAC